AUGCUCAGGAUAUUCACGAUUUUGGCGGUGUUGGCAGCUGUAAGUAGGGGUUUAGAACGUGUUUGAUCCGGCGUGCACCAGAAAUUAUGUUGAUAAUCUAUCAAGAACAGAUAGGGGCGCCGGCUGGUCUAGAUCUCGGUCAAGUCUAGUGACGUACUCGCAACGGAAGUCCUCUCUCUUUGCAGAUUGUGUCCGGCGAGUUGUCGAAAACCAAGGAGGAGAAGACGUUGAAGGAUUUGGAAGAAAAUAUCGUUAACGAUAUCAUCCAACAUAAAGUUAGUCCUCCGAGCUUUGGAAUUUGAUAAACGAAACCUAUGAAUCUUUCAGGUUAUGGUGUACAGUAAGACGUACUGUCCGUGGAGUAAGCGGCUGAAGGCCAUUCUGGCCAACUACGAGAUUGACGACAUGAAAAUUGUGGAACUGGACAGAUCCAACCAGACGGAAGAAAUGCAGGUAAAAGAGUCAGAUGAGAAAAAAAGUGUGACUUUCUAAUUGCAGGAAAUCCUCAAAAAGUACUCGGGAAGAACUACGGUUCCACAACUGUUCAUCAGCGGAAAGUUUGUCGGAGGUCACGACGAAACGAAAGCCAUUGAAGAAAAAGGAGAGCUGCGACCGAUGCUCGAGAAGGCUCACGCCCUGUAAGUUCACCGUCCAAAUAGUCAUUACCUCACCAUAAAAGCAUCUUCCCUUCUUCACCGUAGUCCGUCUGCCGCCAGCACUUUCAGCCCUAUCCAAUCCUCUUUCCAGGUUCACUAACCGAGUGCCUGUACCUGACAACGGUGCGUGAGUUGGUUUGUGCAUGUCGCUCAUCGUCCCCCUCUCAAUUCUCAACUUUGUUCCGUCGAGCAUGUCGAUGCCGUUCUGAUUUCACUAUCUCAUCACCACCUGGAAUGCCGCCCUCUCCUCGCACGGUUCUCCUCUUGUCCUUUGUUUUUUGUUGCUCCCUCUUGCCUUGAAAACCGAAUGUUUGUAUGUGGAAUGAACCGUUUCUCGAUUCGACCGAUUUCAGACGAGUGAAGUAGACAACAAGUCAGUUCCGACACACGGCAAAACAAUAAGCACGCAACAUUUCAACCAACUUUCAAUUAUUUUCAUCUUCUAUCUAUUCCUUGGUUCAUCCCUCGUUUUCCUAUGUUUUCGCUUCAUGGUAACCAUCGGCUGUCACCAUAAUAUUCAUUGACAUUCCGUUCGUUUCAGCGAUAAUAGAGACGAAUUCUGAAGCGUUGGCGGCAAAAACAAAGACUUCCGCAUCCACAUCCGCCUCCUCCAUUCCAAUUUUCUACCUCCUCGUCACUGCUCUCUUUUCCAUUUUGUUAAUAUAA